AUGGCACAAAACAACACCGUGAUAAUCGGUGCCGGCAUAAUCGGCUGCUCAACCGCGUACUACCUUUCGCAAUCGACCAACACCGCGGCGCAAUCAAUACAUCUGGUGGAGGCUUCGGAGGAGCUGUUCAAGUGUGCUUCUGGAUUUGCGGGAGGCUUCCUGGCUAAAGAUUGGUUUGCUCCUGUUGUAGCACCUCUCGGAGCUCUCUCCUUUCAGCUUCACAGGGAGCUGGCUGAGAAGAGCAACGGGAGGGAGAGAUGGGGAUACAGCUCCACCAUCACGUCAUCCCUAUCGAGGGACAGCGAGGAGGCAGUAGAUGGUAGCGGAGAGGAUUGGCUUCGCGAUGGCACCAGCCGGGCGAAUACUGCAGCGGCAGACUCGUCCAUCUCAGGCGAAAGCCAGGACCAGCUUCCACCCUGGUUGACGACGUCGCAAGAAGACACCGUCGAAGUGAUAAGUAGCAAGGAAACUACCGCUCAAGUCGACCCAUUACAGCUCUCCAAAUUCCUCCUCGACGAAUGCCUAGCCGCCGGCGUCCACCUCCACCACCCAGCCCGCGCCAUCUCCAUCUCCAAAGACACCCGCGACGACACCCUCGCCUCCAUCCGCAUACACGACGCCAUCAACGGCGUCGAGUCAAACAUACCCUGCACCCGCCUCGUCCUCACAGCCGGCGCCUGGACACCAGCAGUCUUCAAAACCCUCUUCCCAGCAUCCACCUACAGCCCCCCAAUCAGUGCCCUAGCCGGCCACUCCCUCCUCCUCAAGAGCCCGCGCUGGACACCUACCACGCAGAGCAGGAGGACCCAAGCCUGCCACGCCCUCUUCGCCCCCGACGACGCCGCCGCCGGCUUCGCCCCCGAGAUCUUCGCCCGCCGCGCCGGCGAGCUGUACAUCGCAGGGCUAAACUCCUCGUCUCUACCCCUGCCAGACCGCGCAUCCGACGCCGUCCCACAACCCGCAUCUAUCGACCAGCUCAAGAAAGUCGCCGAACUGCUCCUCGGACACCCGGAAGCCCGGGAGUCGGAUCUGCGUGUUAUCCGGGAAUCGGUGUGUUUCCGGCCUGUGGCGGCGGGGGGGAGGCCGUUGGUCGGGAGGGUGGAUGAUGGGCGGCUUGGCGGGGUGAGGACAAGGGGUGGGGGCCAGGGCGGCGUGUUUGUUGCGGCUGGGCAUGGGGCGUGGGGGAUUUCGCAGUGUUUGGGGACGGGGAAGGUGGUGGGGGAGAUGGUGGAGGGGCGGGAGACGAGUGUGGAUGUGGGUGGGUUGGGUAUCUAG